AUGUUUCUGUCUUUUAUAUUUCUUCUAAUCUUUUCUAUCUAUCUAUCUAUCUAUCUAUCUAUCUAUCUAUCUAUCUAUCUCUGUAUGUUUCUGUCUUUUAUAUUUCCUGAUAAUCAAUCUUUUCUAUCUAUCUAUCUAUCUAUCUAUCUAUCUAUCUAUCUAUCUAUCUCUCUUAUCUAUCUAUCUAUCUAUCUAUCCUAUCUAUCUAUCUCUGUAUGUUUCUGUCUUUUAUAUUUCUUAUAUUUCAAUCUUUUUUCAAUCUAUUUAUCUAUCUAUCUAUCUAUCUAUCUAUCUAUCUAUUCUAUCUAUCUUUCUCUGUAUGUUUCUGUCUUUUUAUAUUUUCUGUAUAAAUCAAUCUUUUUCUAUCUUUUAUCAUCUAUCUAUCUAUCUAUCUAUCUAUCUAUCUAUCUAUCUCUGUAUGUUUCUGUCUUUUUAUAUUUCCUGAUAUACAUCAAUCUUUUCUAUCUAUCUAUCUAUAUCUAUCUAUCUCUAUCUAUCUAUCUAUCUAUCUCUGUAUGUUUCUGUCUUUUAUAUUUCCUGAUAUACAUCAAUCUUUUCUAUCUAUCUAUCUAUCUAUCUUUCUACCUGUCUAUCUAUCUAUCUAUCUAUCUAUCUCUAUUUCAUUUUAUAUUUCAUAAUCUAUAUCUAUCUAUCUUCUUCUAUCUGUCAUCUCUGUAUGUUUCUGUCAUUUAUAUUUCCUGA